GGUUUCGACCUAUUAUUGCGCUAUUUUGUCACAACUGUAUGAUAAACACUCAUUGUUUAAACCGUCGUGCAAAUGGACUUGCCAACAAGUGAUUUAUGAUGAUUGGAUGUUAUUUGAUAAAUGAUAUAGAUAUGUGUUUACUUCAAUGAGAAGUCGGGAAAAUAAUAGUAUUGCAAGGCAGAAUGUUUAGACUGUUCACGGCAAUAGUCUUAAUUUAUUCUGUCCGAUGUGACGAGAGAAUAUACUAUGAACAUAACAACAUGACGUGCGUAAUGUGUCCUCCGGGGUCACAUUGGGUUGGUCAUUGCUUGACAAAUGGGGCGUCCGCUGAUUGCGUCCCUUGUCCACACGACCAGUACAAUCCUGCCUUCAACAGAGCAAUUUACUGUAAACAAUGCAGGACAAGUUGUUGGAAUCAGAAUCAUGAGCACGAGAGUGUUCAAAGAGAAGAAAUUGUACAAGCCUGUACAGGAAUCUCAGACUUAAAAUGCCAAUGCAAAGAAGGGUACUGGAGGGAGAAGGGGACCAAUAACAUUUGUCAGCGUGUGUUGACGUGUGGUCAAGGACAGGGUGUUAAAACCAAAGCUACCCCAAACAGUGACACAGUUUGUGAAGAUUGUAUUCAUGGAGAAACAUUUUCAAAUCUUUCAUCAACAACAGAAAAGUGCCUUCCAUGCUCUUCAUGCGUCGCGGAUGAGAUCCUUCAUCGUUCUUGCACCGCAACUGAGGGCACUAUAUGUGCUGUCCGGACUACAACUGGUCGCAAGGAGCUGGUUAUGGGUCUUGGAAUAGGACUCUCUUUUCUGGCCCUGGCAUUUUUAGCGAUUGGUGUUGGGCUUUAUGUCUUCUGUUACUGUCGAAGUGCUAAAACUGAUUCAGAUUCAAUUACGCAAGCAAAUCAAGAUAAUCUUCAAUUCAAUGUCUCUACGCACGAAGUUGUCAAUAGAACUAGAAUCCGAGCCCAUGGGACCACUUUUCAAGGACAAAGACCUCAGGCAAAUGAGAUAUCUACACACGUUUUUAUCGAUGAAACAAAAGCAAAUGACACUGCUUCUCGUAAGCAGUCGGUUAAAGCUAUUGUUCGUAACGCCUGCAAUAGAGGUAAUGCCAGUGGAUCUGCUUCAGAGGAAAAUGGAGCGUGUGUCAACGAUAUUGUUUCGCACACCGAUAGUGCUCAAGACAACGAGAACAACACUGAAGCGGCUAUCGUUGUAAAUGGGCCAAAAUAUAUUGAUAAUGCAUACAAAGGCGAGGGAAAAGCUGCAAGUGUGAUCCCUGAUGGAAAGAGAGCUAGUGCUAAACUAUAGACACUGUUUUAUGUCUUGUGCGUUUGUGUGGUUGUUAAAUUCAUAUGUGUACUAAAUCCAGUUAAAUAUCAUCAAAGGUGAUUGUGGUUGAUCUAAUAUUUGUCGAUUGUAUUUGAAAUAUUUAAGGUUUUCAAAACAAGAUACGUAAUCAAAUCGCGCAUGUUUUUAGUAUUUUUGAAUAUGUGUGUAGUAGAAACGUAAUAUGCAUGCAUACAUUCAUACAUGCGAACGUCUUAUAAAAUUAGAAAAACUAAAGUGACUACAGUGAAUUCUGCAGUUACAAAAAUAGACGUCUAAAUGAUCAGUAUUUUCCUUAUAUAUCAAACCUGUGAAAUAUAUCUGAUGAAAAUGGAAUCAAAAACUGUACUUUUGUAAUCGUUUUUUAUAUAAACAAAUUGAGUUUUUUUAAUAACUAAAGCAAAUUACUUGUACUUAUGUUGUUGUCUUUUCCUGCUUUUAGCCAAACCAUCCGAUGCUUCCGACCCAGAUCUUUUUUUGCAGACAGUCUAUUGUGACCUGUCUAAAGAGAUGGAUGGCAAUUUCAGGAUGUUCUUUCGUAAAAAUGGAAUACGUGACUUUACUAUAUCAAUUAUUGAGGAGGAAGAAAAGCGAGUGCGUGAGCAGUGCUACAAACUCUUUUGUGCUUGGGAAAACAAUCAGACCGAUGUCCGUGAAAUACUAGCCAUGGAAAUCCCAUUUGAACUUAUCAGAAUAUUGACGUCGAUGUUUCGGGAAGACACUUACAUGAAUUGUUCACGAACAUGCCUGGAUAUAUUAGAACGUUAUGAAACCGCAUGGUUCCAAAAAUGCAUACAUAAAAAUGCGCGCUUAUAGAAACUUAUUAUUUAUUAUUCUGAUUCAGAUACCUGUAUAUAUGUAUCAUGUUGUUGCUUGUUACAUUUUAAAUGAAAUAAAUACGUUUCAUUGCAUAUUUUUUAUUUUAUUAUAGUUUUGUCAUGUUAUUUAAAUUAAUAUGUUAGGGCAUCGUUUCAUAUAAUGUACUGGUAACGACCAAUUGAUGUGUCUAUCCAAUUUUCUAAGGAUUAUAAUAGACUUGCUCAAAUCGAGUGCUCAACUGAUCAUAAAUAGUGAUAUUUGGUUGUGAAGGUUUUGACAGAAAUGUGUUUGUUUUUGAAAUCGAAAUACUAUGAACUGUGAUCUAAAAUUGCUAUGCUAGAACGCCGUUGCGAGUAUAUAUGCUCCGAGGUUCACUGCUAGCAAUAUGCCAUGUUUGUACUUGUGCUCUUGUUCUAUUUUGUAAUUUAUUAUAUCUCAGUGUUUAUGAACAUCAUGUCAGGACAUGUAAAAUGCAAACGAUAUUCAGUUCUA